AUCUGAGGUAUUUGCUUGGCAUUGAUACAACCUCUAACAGCUUCAAAACGCUAAAAAAAUAUACAGAUUGAUUUAAAUCGUGAAUAACUUGGACAGGUGCUUAUAAAAAGGCAGACUUGGAGGACUGGAAGAAAAUUUGAAGCAUCCUUAACGACUGCAUCUCCUUUGACCUGGAAUCAAGAUAAGCAACAUGUUCCAAGAGAACAGAGUUCAAUUCAAGGUCUUCAAUGAUCCCAUCCAUGGUCACAUUGAGUUACACCCUCUUCUCGUCAAAAUCAUCGACACACCUCAGUUCCAGAGACUCCGAAAUAUUAAGCAGCUUGGAGCAGUUUACUUUGUUUAUCCUGGAGCUUCUCACAACCGCUUUGAACACUCCAUUGGGGUGGCAUACCUAGCAGGAGAGCUGGUCAAGGCUCUCCAGACAAGGCAGCUAGAACUCGAAAUCAAUGAGAAAGACAUCCUUUGUGUGCAGAUUGCUGGCCUCUGUCAUGACUUAGGUCAUGGGCCCUUUUCCCAUCUGUAUGAUCAAAAGUUCCUCCCAAAAGCAGGGAGAGGGGAAUGGAAGCAUGAACAAGGCUCAAUUGACAUGUUCAACCACAUGGUGAAAAGUAACAACCUUGAACCAGUGAUGGAGGAGCUUGGACUGGAACCUGAUGACAUUGUAUUCAUCAAGGAGAUGAUAAAUCCUCCAAAUGAAGCACAAGGACAGGAGUGGCAAUAUAGAGGCAGAAAACAGGACAAGGCCUUCCUCUACGACAUUGUGUCCAACAAAAGAAAUGGCAUUGAUGUGGACAAGUUUGACUACUUGGCCAGAGAUGCCUAUCACCUGGGAUUCCAGAGCAACUUUGACUACCACCGCUUCAUGAAGUUUGCCAGGGUGUGUGACGUUGAUGGGAAGAAGCUCAUCUGCACCAGAGACAAGGAAGUGCACAACUUGUACGACUUAUUCCACACAAGACUCUGCCUCCACAGAAGAGCCUGCCAGCACAAAGUGAAUACAAUAUUAAGUGUUAUGAUCGCAGAUGCUUUUCUCAAAGCAGAGAACGUUCAAGAAAUGCAGAUCCAAGGCUCAGGGGGCAAAGAGUUCACUCUCUCCACAGCCAUAAAAGACAUGGAGGCCUACACGAAGCUAACAGACCAUGUGUUUGAGCAAAUACUCAACUCUACUUCCGAGGAACUUGGUGAGGCAAGGGAAAUUCUGCAAAAAAUCAUCACUCGAGACUUUCCAAAGUGUGUUGGAGAGAUAAGGCUACAGGAACCCUUCCAGGAGGAUGAAAAUUUUGACUCCUUUGUCGAGGCCAAAACUAAGGAAUGGCAAGCACGACUAGCUGAACCCAUACCUGAGGAACCUGAUGAGCUGACAGCAGAUGACUUUGUAAUCCUGGGCAAUACCAUGGACUAUGGCAAUAACACUGAGGACCCAGUCAACAAUAUGUAUUUCUACAGCAAAUACAAUCCAAACGUGGCACGUGAGAUAUCUGCCGACCAGAGAUCCAGGAUUCGCACAACCAUCUUUUCUGAGCAUCUGAUCAGGGUCUACUGUAGGAGGACUGAUGAGAAUAGUGUGCUGGCUGCCAGAGAACACUUUGCCCGACUCGAUGUGGCUGAUGAAGUUGCUGAAGCGCAGAGGCUUGAAAAGGAGAGUACUUCAUCUGAAGAUUGAGAAAAUAAUGAUGAGGAGUGAAAGCUGAAAGUGCAUCCUGAUACUGGUUCAUCAUAAAGUACUUGGAUUUUUUUUCCUCCAAACAGAAAUGAUUUACCAUUUUGAAUGAGCAUGAAUAAUUUUAUUGUGUAUUGUGUUAUAUUGUACACUCAUCAGACUGUGUACUCAUGUUUUAGAGCUAUUAUCAAAGUCAUAUGGUAUCUCUAUUAUCGUUUAAUUUCAAAAAAUACACUUCAUCAUUUGUGCAUCUACUUAAAUACAAGUUUCAACAAAAUGUAUACAUUACUAGGACAGUCAUUAACAAUCUGUCCAUUGAUGGAAAGUCACAAUGAGACCACAUCAAUUGACCAUUAAUUUAAGGAGUUAUGCUUCCAUUCACAAAAAAAUUUAGGGUGAUUUUAUCAAAAAUCUGAUAUUGAAAUGAAAGACUAUAUUUUCUUUAAAACCUUUUUUAGACACCAAAAUGUUAUCGAAAUCCAACAAUCAUUGUCUCAGUCUGAAUAGAUAUACUGCUUUUUCUUUUUUUUAAACUGGUUCAGGUUUUGAUCACAUUUAUGUUUUUUUAAUAUAUGUUGUGGGUAUUCAUUUUGGUCAGGAAAAGCUGUAAAGCACUUCAAACAUGUUUGUAAUGGUGUGGAUGUUUAACUUGUGGUUAUAGGGAUUUAAAUUAUUCAAUGGUGUUUGGUUUUUUUUAUGUUAGUUUGAUGACGGGGAAGAUUGGAUUAUUACCUUUGGGUGAUGUUUAAAUAUUUUGUUGGUGGUGGUUAUUACAUAUAGCUCUAUCUACAUAAUAUACCUUGCCACUUUCAACUCAUGAUUUUUUAUUUGUUUGAAAAUGUCUCUGAUAUGUGUGGCGACUUUUGGUGAGUUUCCGAUGACUCCUCCUUUUUAAAUCAACUCCUGUCACACACUUUGAAUGAACAUACUGAUCUGAAAUGGGAAUCAAACAAUAGCUUUCUUUCUGUAAUAGUAAACAACCAUGAUUGUCCUAAAAUAAUCAGUUUAAAUGUAAUAGUGGCAAACUUUGAGUGUCUCUCCAGUUGUUUUAA